AUGAUUACUACCACCGCCAUCGUUGCUCGUGAGCCCGAGCAGCCACAGACCAUAAACUGGGCGAUGGAGGAGGUUGAGGUGUGUACACCUGGCGAGGGCGAAAUUCUGGUUGAAAUGCGUGCGACAGGCAUCUGCCAUACGGAUAUAGUUCUGUCAUCGGUACCGGCUGGAAGAAUUGGCAUCCAGUAUCCCAAGGUAUUGGGGCAUGAAGGCGCCGGUAUUGUACGCGCACUGGGCUCAAAUGUGAAGUCCGUCGAGGUCGGGGAUCCAGUCCUACUCUCCUACUACUCUUGUUCAUCGUGUGAAGCGUGUCAAACCUUGCAUCCCGCAUAUUGCGACGUGUUCGCUGAGGAGAAUUACGUUGGACGCCAAGGAGGAAUGAAAAUCCAGAAAGCCGGGGAGGAACCCUGGUCGAAAUUCUUUGGUCAGUCGAGCUUUGCCAGACAUAGUGUAGUCAGCGAGGCUAGCGUUGUCAACGUCAAAGAUUUCCUCAUGAGCGAAGACGAGCUCAGGCUCUUUGCGCCACUGGGAUGUGGAUUCCAAACUGGGAUGGGCGCCGUUUUGAACACUUCUGAUGCUGGCCCGGAUGAUGUCGUGAUGAUCUUGGGCUUGGGUGCUGUUGGAAUGGGCGCACUUAUGACAGCCAAUAUUCGUGAAUGUAAGGCGAUCAUUGCUGUCGAUAAGGUUGCGACACGCCUCGAACAGGCCAAGAGACUGGGGGCAUCACAUACUAUCAACACAGGCACCCUUCAUGGAACAAGCCUGAAGGAUGCUGUUUCCGAAUUCUCUUUCCCUGGGGUCACGGUGGUGAUUGACACCACAGGCGUUCCGACUCUCAUCGAAGAGGGCCUCCAGGCUACACAGAAAAGAGGCAAACUGGUCCUUGUAGGAGUGCCUCCAUUGGGAUAUGGUCUUAAUAUUGACGUCGUGCAACACAUCAAUUCCGGUCGGUCGAUAAUAGGAUGUAUUGAAGGCGAUAGCAUUCCCGGCAAGGCCAUUCCGCAAAUGAUUCAAUGGUAUCGUGAAGGACGAUUCCCAGUCGACCAGUUAGUUCAGUAUUUCGAUGCCGCUGAAUUUGAGCAAGCGGUAAAGAGUAUGAAGGACGGAACCACAGUCAAACCUGUUUUAAUGUGGGAACACUAA